AUGGGGGCCCAUACAAGUAAAGUCCCGGUUCAGCAGCGUAAGGUGUCGGCCGAGGCGCCCAAGGCUGUCAUCACUUCGUCGGACAGAGCUCAGUUGGAGCUGAAGUUGCAGCGUGACAGGCUUAUGGCGGCGGUCAGACGGUAUGACGUUGUGGCGAAGGAAGAGCGCGCCAAGGCCCGUGAGUUCGUGCGCUCUGGCAAUCGUCGUAAGGCUUUGUAUUGCCUCAAGCGGGAGCAGCUACAGCGGACGCAGGUCACAAGCGUUACGGACAUGCUGGAUAAUGUACAAAGGUUGCUUGACACGGUUGAAUUUACCCAGAUUGAGCUGGAGGUGUUUGAUGCAAUAAAAGGGGGCAAGGAGGAGCUUUCAAAGCUGAACGCGAUGCUAAACGUGGAUGACAUUGCCGAGCUCAUGGAUGAUACUGCAGAAACAAUCGAGGAGGCCCGGCGUAUCAACGUUAUUUUGGCACAGCCGCUUGAAGGAUACGAGGAUGAUGAAGCCCUUCUUGCUGAGCUGCUUUCUCAAGGCGUAAGUAGUGCCCCUGCUGCGGAGGUCGCAGUGGAAGAAGUUGCCGUUCCGACGCAUAAACUCCCACAAUCCCCGGCAACGGAGGGCCAUGCAACUGCGGGAGAGUCCGAAAGAAUAGGCUUGUCUGCGUAG